AUCGAGCGGAUUAUGUGGGCGGCAUCGAUAAUGAAGCCAUAUUUUUUGAAGAUUUACAUGUAACAUCGAAUAGCCUUGGACGCAUUGGCGGCAAUGGAGGAGAGCGGCAAAACUUGAGCCAUUCCUCCCAGCUGAAUGGUUGCGGCAGCGGUGGUGGUGUGGCCAAUACAUCGAACCUGCUGUGUAGUGCCAAAACUGAAACACCUGUUACAUCACCCACAUCGUUGGCCUCAAUUGGUUCGGAUUUAAUUCUACCACCCAUACCCACAGUUUCGGCUCGAGUGGGUCUAUCGUCGACACCACACAUUGGAAUACAUGGCAAUUCCAAUUCGAAUAAUAGCACCAGAAAUCUCACACAUACCCAGCUGCCGGAGAGUCCACCUGACUCGGGAUCGGAGCCACCAUAUAGCCCGCUUCAAGAUGUAACGGGGUUAACAGCCGGUAUGUCGACCAGAGAUCUUUUCAAUUCCAAUAGUAAUGGAACAAAUGUCACCACAAUGGUGUCUGGUGUCCAUUCGCAGCAGCAUCAGCCACAACAACAACAACAACAUCAUCUUCAGUCUCAAAAUCAAACACAUGAUACAAAUCAUCCGCAUCACUAUGUCCAUAUUAUGGAUAAUCAUCAAAUGAAUUUAAAUGGACUGACAACAAUGGGCCCAACACAAGACUCGUCGAUGACGGAGCAGCAGCACCACCACCAUCAAUCACCAGAUACUCACAUUGAGAUGAAUGGCGCCCAAGGUGGGGCAGCGCAGCAACUUCUUUACUCUCAUGCCAAUAGUAAUACCACCCACACCCUUAGUCCAAAUAACAGCCACACCAGCAACAACAACAUCGGUCAUUCCAAUCACCUAAUGUACGACAGUCUGAGCCAUGGCCUUCCUAAUCCCCCACCACCGCCACCACCUUCCUAUCAACUGAGCUUGUCACAAAUGGUGGACCCCAAUGAUCUGACACAAGGUAUGCUUACCGCCAUUGGCGAUCUGCCACAUGUCCAGGUGGUGGGCACUGUAACCGGUAGCAUUCCAUCCACUCCCCAACUAAGCCGCUCCAGUGCUCCCUCAACACCCAAUCAUCAAUCCUCCUCUCGUAAACGAAAGAUGCCCACCCAAAUCGAUGGUGUUGACUUUCCCUGCGUUAAACCCGAUCCAGGUCUAAUGUUAAGUCCCUCGCGUAGUUCUGUGUGUGCCACACCACUGCCGGGAGAAGUACCAAAACGUAGCGCCACCUCACCACUUAAUAUACAACUGAACACCACGCACGAUAUAACAGAUACACCGGCCCACUCCACCGCCUCUCUAUCUCCGGCCUUGUCUAGCGUCAAUAUGGAUGGUAGUGUUAAGGCGGCGGAUGGUUCCACCUCUGAUGCCCUCAGUCCGUGUAUACGUUUCACGCCAUUUCAACCACAAAAUUGGCAUGAGUUGUGCGAUCAAAAUCUACAAGAGAUCUCGGUGGUAUAUUACCGGGUCGAUGCCGAUAAAGGUUUCAACUUUUCCGUAUCCGAUGAUGCCUUUGUGUGUCAGAAAAAGAAUCAUUUCCAGAUAACUUGCCAUGCUCGCCUACAAAGUGAGGCGAAAUUUGUUAAAACGCCAUCGGGUCUAGAGAAAAUCAAAUCAUUUCAUUUACAUUUCUACGGGGUGAAGCUGGAGGCCCCGAAUCAGACGAUACGCAUCGAACAGAGUCAAUCGGACCGCUCGAAGAAACCAUUCUAUCCAGUACCUAUCGAUCUCCAGAGUCACAUAGUGAGCAAGGUGACUGUGGGCCGUUUACAUUUCUCGGAGACGACAAAUAAUAAUAUGCGCAAAAAAGGACGUCCGAAUCCGGAACAACGCUAUUUCCAGCUAGUUGUUGGACUCCAUGUCCACACAGCGUCCGGCGACUUUCCCGUGAUAGCACAGGGAAGUGAUAAAAUUAUUGUACGGGCCUCAAAUCCGGGACAAUUUGAAUCCGAUGUUGAUCUCUGUUGGCAGCGAGGUCUAACUCAAGAUUCCAUUUUCCAUGCCGGCCGAGUGGGUAUCAACACAGAUCGUCCCGAUGAAAGUCUCGUUGUACAUGGUAAUCUGAAAAUAUCCGGUCACAUUGUCCAACCCAGUGAUAGUCGUGCUAAACAGGAAAUCGGUGAAUUGGAUACAUCGGUACAAUUGCGGAAUUUACAAAAGAUACGAAUUGUACGCUAUCGUCUCGAACCACAAUUUGCUCUGCAUUCGGGCCUGAAAUCGCAUAAGGAUGAGGAGGAUAUUGUCGAUACGGGAGUUAUUGCACAGGAGGUGCGUGAAGUUAUACCAGAUGCUGUACAAGAGGCUGGCAGUGUUGUCCUGCCAAAUGGCAAUGUUAUUGAAAAUUUCCUAUUGGUCAACAAGGAUCGUAUACUUAUGGAGAAUAUUGGAGCUGUCAAGGAGCUGUGUAAGGUAACGGGUACCUUGGAGACGCGCAUAGAGAACUUGGAAAGGGUCAAUCAUCGUCUGCAGCGGGCCAAGGAAAACGAGCUGCAAUUUAUGCAUUGCAAGACAAUGGUGGGAGGUGGAUCGGCGGGUCGCAGCUCCAGAGAUGGCUAUGAAAUCUGUUCGAAUCGCACAUUGCAGAUUAUUAUAUUUCUGUUAGUUAUAGUUAUGGCGGCGUGUUUGGCCGCCGUUUCCACCUUAUACUUCGUAGAGCACAAUAAGAAACAACACAAUUUAAGUGAAUUAGAUAGAAUACAAUUGCUAAGCAAUGGUCACUUCUAUGGCCAUGGCGGUGGGUCUCUGACGGAGCAGGAACAUGAUUUCAUACGACAGCAUAGUCUGAAAUAUAAUCGCACCCAUAGUCUGUGGCCGGCAUUACCCAAUCUCUCAUCGGUGGCAGGAUAUUCCAGAUCUCUUAGCCAAAAUGGUACAAUGCCAUAUCGAGGAAUAGGUGGUACUGGUGGUGGUGGUGGGGGUGAUGCAGGAGAAGCUGCUAUAGGUGAAAGUGAACUAAUUUAUGAAGAUAUGCUCCUACCACCCUCAUCAUCUUCCUCUUCGUCAUCAUCUCAAACCGGCACCGCUGCAACAGAUGGAAUUACAGUGGUUAUGGAUAAACCAUAUAUGGGUCAAUCGGAGCUACUGCCCACCACCUAUCAAGAGCAAUCACGAAGUACCACUGGUCCCGUGCUGAGAACCAAUAAAACCAUAAUUAGCAAGCACAAACACAAAUGGCCCCAACCACAAAUGGUACUGAGGGUAAUGCAAGCGGCCACCCAUCGUAAUGCCUUACCAUCGGCGAAGAGUCUGAAUGGUGUACCAACAAAUGAUGACAACUCCAACUCGGGUUCUCACAACACCAGUGAAAGUUCCACAGAGAAAAUAGCCAAUGACAAUUUUGUACAACAGGACUUCGAAAAUAAUUCCAUUGACAUUGAUUCCCAACAGUCACCGAAUCGUCAUAAAUCUCCAUCAAACUCUAGUAAAAAGCGAACCUCCGCCACGGCUACAAAUGAAAGUGAAAUAGAAAAACUCCACAUCGAAAAUUCCGUGGGAGCAUCAACCGAUAGAAGUAUAAAUGAAGCACCUCACAUUUCCUCCCCGACACAAUCGAAUCUCUUACGGCACACCAAUGCCCGGGGUGGAGAUUUAAUAAUCUAUAAAACUGUACCACCACCCACCUCGACCACAACAACAACAACCACCAGUUCGAUACAAUCUCACACGCAUUCGAAUAAAGUCAAUACUGAUGCACCGCAUACCAACUAUUCCCUGGAAACUCAACCCAUAUCAAAUAAAAGUCGUAAUUAUGUUGAACGUAACCCGGAAAAUUCCGACAACGAUUUACAAAGUCUGACAAGUAAUAAUAAUGAAUCGAUUUUUAAUCCUGGUGAUCCUGUUGAUUAUGAUUUGGGUUUGGAGAAUCGCCAGUCUCUGUUGGGUCGUCGUUCUACUGCCGUCGUGGGGCAACAAGGUCAACAGGCUUUGGUAAAUCCCAUUCAGAAUGUAUGGGUCCAAAGUGAAACUUCGUAUGUGGAGAUUUUCGGCGAACCUGAACAGUGUAACAACAAGGUUAAAAGGGAUGAUAUUUCCAAUUGUCAGUCUGUUUGUUUCGAGGAAAACAAUCAACUUUUGGCACCGAUACAACCAGCCCUUAGUCUUAAACAAACCGAAUCGAAGAAAUCCAAAUCAUUGCAACAACAAGACUUUGAAAAUGAACGCAAUCAUGGUGAUUCCGAAGACAAUGAUGCUGUUAUCAACGAACCAGAUGAUGAUUUACAGGCGGCAUUCAGCGAUUUACCAGAUAAAACAAAAGAUGCACUUAACGCCUCAUUGCUAACACCACUCCAGGGGAAAACAUCACAUGCCACUCAGGCUCUAGCUAAAGAACUUAAUUCCGAUGAUCAACAACAACAGCAACAAUCCGAAUCAGAGGGGGAUAACUUGGAUGCAAUAUUGGAACACAAUUUCAGUGAUGAAAACCUAGAUGUUGAAUCGAAAAUAAAAACUCAAGAUAAACUUGAUGAGGGAUCAGCAAAUUUAUCGGUUGAACCAAAUCGUCCUCCGGGUAAUGCAGAUUGUUGGAAAAUACGCAACUGUAUAUUGGCCGAACGUUUAAAUAAUACAUUUGCCUUUAAUGAAUUUUGUCCGAAGCUGGGAAAUUCGGUGAAUAUGACAUAUGUUAUACCAUUGUCGCGUUUCUUUAAGGAGCAGAGUAUUGAGUUGCAUUUAACAUCUUCCUUACCCCUACAAUGGGUUGUUUGCAACCUCCACGAACAUUCCAAACAAAAUGGUAAACAUUUAAUAAAUUCCUCCCAACCGGGUCUGUCGGCGCAUCACCACAUCAACCAUCAAACGCAAAAUGUGCUGGAAAGAAGACGCAACACUUCGCUGUUGGUGCUGAAUGUACCAAGUCGGGGUUAUUUUGUUAAAGAUUUAAUUUUACGUGCCACCAAUGAUCCGGAGAAGACAAAUGUAUGCCAAGAGAAACCCCAUGAGACCAAUUCCAUAUUGCAGUACAAUUUUAGAAUUCUAAGAGAUUGUGAUUAAUCCAGAAAAG